AAGUGAAAGUGUAAAGCUACGAAAUAUACAUAAAGUACACGUACAAGCACAAAUUUCUUUUGUGUAUAAAAACGUCGUACACCCGAUUCACUCUCGAAGACAAAGCGUAUAAAAUGUCGUAAAAAGCGUAAUACUGGUAACCUAGGUAACACCAUCAACAACAGCUUAAAAAUGGAUGACGGCGAAAAUUUUAAGAAAGUGAAGAAUCCCGUUGUAUUUGUAAACCAUGUAGAUGGCUAUGUUGGAAAAAACAUAAGCAAGAUAUUUUCUGGUUCAGUUGUUGGUGGUUACUCCGAUGCAGUUAUAGACAACGAAUCCGACGAUAGCGGUCCUUCAGAUGGCGGGAAAAAAGAAAUCUUUUAUAAAGUUGUUGGGACAAUAUUAAAUCCUGAAAAGAACGAGAAACCGGCAUGGGUUGAAGAAGCUUUUAUGUAUACUAAGAAAGAAGAGUUACUCGACCAUAUUUUAGACAGCGAUAUCAUAAUUUAUGACAUCGUUAGCCAACCUGAUCAAGUUGAUGAGGCAACCUGGGUAAUAUCAGCUCUUCAUGCAGAAAUUGAGAACUUUUUCUCUCCAAAAAUUUUCAUUUGCCUAUCAUCAAUUAUGACCUGGGCUCGAACUAAACCACUAGAUCCAGAAGAACCUGAUAUUCCAUUCACAGAAGAUGAUUACCGACGAAGACGUGCCCAUCCAAACUUCAGGCCACAUAUAAGCACAGAAAAAUUGGUUAUAAAAUUGGGCAAAACAGCUAAGACAAAGUUGACUUCAUAUGUUGUUGCUAGUGGACUGUUGUAUGGUGCUGGAGAGGAGAUCUUUCAUUCUUUGUUUAAAUCAGCUUGGCAUGGAAAUCAAGCUGCUUUGCAGUGCUAUGGAAAUGGUCAAAACAUUGUGCCUAUUAUACAUAUUGAUGAUUUGGCCAGUGUUUUAGUAAAUAUUGCUGAUGCACCACCUAAAGUAAGAUACCUUAUUGCAAAGGAUGAUUCUCAAUCUCCUUUGGAUGAAAUUGUUAAGUGUGUCAGUCGAAACUUGGGAAAUGGUAAAGUACAAUAUGUUUCAAAGGAAGAAGCAUUGCUCAUUAAGGAUCUGCAGCAAACAGACUUUGACAUGCUUCUUGUCAAUCUUCGUAUGGAUGCUGGUUAUGUCAGAGAAGGAAUGCGAAUCAAUUGGAAAGGAGAAACAGGUUUGAUUGAUAGCAUUGAAAGUGUCAUUCAAGAAUAUAAGGAAACAAGAGGAUUACAGCCGAUACGUGUGUGUGUUUUGGGUCCACCUUCAUCUGGAAAAACUUUGGUUGUCCGACAGUUGUGUGAAAGUUAUAAACUUCAUCAUAUUAUGAUUGAAGAAGUCAUUAACGAGUCGGUCAAGAAACUAGAAAAAAGUGCCGCUAGGGCUGACAAUGACGGUGAUGAAGAAGAUGAUGUUAAGGCAGAAGAAGACAGGGAAUUAUUGGAAGCACUUGCUGAAAACAAAGAUCAAAAUAAUGGACGCUACGAUGACAGCUAUAUCAUAAAAUUUUACAAAGACAAACUUUUGUCGAUGCCUUGUCAAAACCAAGGAUUCAUUCUUGAUGGCUUUCCGAAAACAUACGAGGUUGCAAAAGAGCUUUUUCAAGCUGAAGAAAAUGAUGAGGAUGAAGACAAUGAAGCAGUUGUGAAAUAUAAUAAACUUAUAAUGCCAGAAAUUGUUGUAUCUUUGGAUGCUUCGGAUGAAUUUCUCAAAGCAAGAAUUAUGAAUCUACCAGAAUCUGUAGUUGCUGGAACCCAUAACACAGAGGAAGGGCUUCUGCGACGUUUGGCUGAAUUCCGCGCUGUAAACACAGAAGAUGAAACAGUUUUGAAUUAUUUCGACGAAUUGGAGAUCCAUCCAGAUCACAUCGAUAUCACUCAAGAUAGUAGUCCUUUGAUGUCAAAUGUUGUACAACAAAUCGAAAAAUUGAUUGGCGAUCCAAGGAAUUAUGGUCCGACACCAGAGGAGUUGAUUGAGAUCAAAAGAAUGGAGGUAGAAAAACAGCUUGAAAAGGAGCGAAAAGAAAAAGAGGAAAGAAAUCGUAGGGAAAGAGAGGAAGCAAAUGAACGAGCAAAAAAGGAGGAGGAAUGGAAAAUGCGCUUAAAUGAAGUAAAGAAAGAGGAACAAGAAGUAUUAGAAACACGAUCGAUUCCAUUGAGAAAUUAUCUUAUGAAACACGUUAUGCCUACUUUAUCCCAAGGCCUCGUUGAAUGUACUAAAAUACGACCAGAGGAUCCCGUCGAUUUUUUGGCUGAAUAUUUGUUCAAAAAUAAUCCACUAAUUGAUUAGUGCGGCGAUUUUUAUCUGUUUAAAUGUAGCUUUCAAUUGGACGAAUAUGUAAUAGUACAUUACAGUUAUAUAUUUAGUAAUAUUUAUUUUUAAUGCUUAUACAAGUUAUAGUUUGUGUGUAUGAUUUGUUUUGGAAACAUGUACAAUUGAUUCUUUGUAAAAAUUCAGUACUAAAAAAGUCGUUCUGAGUAAAUCUAAAAAAUGUUUUACUAAUCUUAUGUCUGAAGACAAAUUACAACUUUUAACUUAAAAACCAUUUCUGAGGAUGACUUUGAAAUAAAGUCGAAAAUUUACAGUUCA